AUGGUCUCGGGCUUGGAAGAAGCGCUGGAGCACAGCGGUGGCCAUGGCCGAACGGCAGAGGGUGUCUCGAUUUCAACCUUCUUGGCCUCGCUGGCGACGGCCAUUGUGGUUUUUGUUGUCGAAUUUUUGCUCUUCCUCCUGCUAAAAGGCAAACUCACUCGUAUAUACCAACCUCGAACCUAUUUGGUACCAGAUAGAGAACGGACCAAACCAUCUCCACCAGGCCUAUUUCACUGGGUUGGCCCUGUCUUCCGUACCUCCAGUUCCGAAUUCAUCCAGAAAUGUGGGCUAGAUGCAUACUUCUUCCUGCGCUAUCUGCGUAUGCUGCUGAAGAUCUUCCUCCCCUUGGGACUUCUGAUUCUGCCAGUUCUACUUCCGAUCAAUCGCGCCGGCGGCAAAGGUACAUCUUUUAAGAAUGGCACUGCUGGUGAUCGAUGGAGUGUUACUGGCCUGGACCAGUUGGCAUGGGGAAAUGUCAAACCUGAACACACGAACCGAUAUUGGGCCCAUUUGGUGAUGGCUUUGAUUGUCAUCAUUUACGUCUGUGCCGUCUUCUUCGAUGAGCUUCGGGGCUUUAUUCGUCUACGACAGGCCUACCUGACUUCUCCUCAACAUCGACUUCGUGCUUCUGCGACCACCGUGCUGGUCACUUCCAUCCCGCCAGAUUGGCUUGAUAUGGAUGCGCUUGAUAGACUGUUCGAUGUUUUCCCCGGGGGCGUGAGGAACAUUUGGAUCAAUCGGAACUUUGACGACCUUAAUGAAAAAGUGAAGGCGCGGAACAAACUUGCCCUUAAACUUGAAAGUGCCGAGACCGACCUGAUCUCGAAAUGCAAAGAGGCACAACUCAAGAGAGUAAAGGCUGAGGCAAAGAAAGCCGGGAAGAGCACAACGCGUGCGGAGAAACAAGAGAAGAAAGCGGCCGACAAACGGGCGUCCAAAAUCGCCAUGGGCCCGGGUGUCAGCACCGGCAAUCCUCACGAUGCCCACACGUUACAAGAAAUGCUCCACGGGCCAGCAGACGGACAUGCCAAAAGAUCCGAGGAUGGACCUCGACGAGUAUUUGACCCUGCGUUUGCAGCCGCUGGAGCAGUUGGCCAAGGCGUGGGGAAACUGGGCAAAUCUGUGCUUGGGGGUUUCAAAAAAGCUGAGAAUGGGUUCGAAGGGACUUUGACUCAGACCCGAGGCUUCGUUGCCACCACAGACGACAUUCUCCCGCCCCGUGGGAACACACCUCCAGGCACCGGUCAUGCUGUCGCUGGCAAGAAGUCUUCUGGGGAGUCUCUUCGAUCUCAGCAGCUGCCAGAAACCCCCCACCCGGGUCGUAGCGACACCAAGUCUCGCGAUAAAGCAUUAUUAAAACCACCAUUUUGGAGACGAAUGUCAUCUCAUACGAAAUCCCAGGGUACGGCGGAACCUGAUGAAUAUCCACUGACCGCGCCUGACACCCCUGCUACCGAUGCAUUUCCCCAUGGUUCUGUCAAGGCCGCUAAUGACGAAAAAGACAAAUCAGAUGUCAAAAAAGAGGGAGACAAAAUGGAAGAGGAAGAAUACCCUCUCGCCUACAAUGAAAAUUUCGACAUUGAGGACUAUGGAGAGCCACUGUGGAAGGAAUACAUUCGACCCAAGGAUCGGGAUACCAUGCGUCUGCCCAUUUUUGGCUGGAGUUGGAUGCCCUCUAUCUGGCUCCUUGGCAAAAAGGUUGACACUAUCGAUUAUUGCCGCAAAGAGCUCGCUCGUUUGAACCUGGAAAUCGAGAUCGAUCAGCAGCAUCCUGAGCGGUUCCCUCUGAUGAACUCGGCUUUCGUCCAAUUCAAUCACCAGGUUGCUGCCCACAUGGCCUGUCAAGCUGUCAGCCAUCACCUCCCAAAGCAGAUGGCACCCCGAGUCGUCGAAAUCUCCCCCGACGAUGUCAUUUGGGAUAAUAUGUCCAUCAAAUGGUGGGAGCGCUAUCUUCGCACCUUUGGAAUUGUAACUCUGGUGUGUGCAAUGGUUGUUGGUUGGGCCUUCCCUGUUGCUUUUACUGGUCUGCUCUCACAACUUUCAUAUCUCGAGGGUGCAUUCACAUGGCUGGCUUGGCUUGGCAAGCUACCAGACUGGUUUAUUUCUGCUGUCCAGGGUAUUCUUCCCGCGCUGUGUUUGGCUAUCCUGAUGGCACUUCUUCCCCUCAUUCUCCGCUUCCUGAGUCGUACGCAGGGUCUCUUCACGGGCAUGUCUAUCGAACUCACCGUACAAAACUACUACUUUGCCUUCCUUUUUGUACAGCUGUUCUUGGUUGUUACCAUCGCCUCGAGUUUCUCAACAGUCAUCGAGAAUAUCACUGACGUGACGAGCUGGCCGGAACUCUUGGCUUCGAACAUCCCCAAGUCCAGUAACUACUUCUUCUCUUACAUGAUUCUGCAAGCCAUGUCUGUGAGCGCUGGUGCUCUUGUGCAAAUCUUUGGCUUGGUGAGCUGGUUCAUUCUGGCACCCAUUCUGGAUUCAACUGCUCGGAAGAAGUGGGCUCGAACGACCAACCUCAAUCAGAUGCAAUGGGGCACGUUCUUCCCGGUCUAUACCACACUGGCUUCCAUUGGGUUAAUCUACUCGGUCAUUGCGCCUCUGAUCUUGAUUUUCAACAUCAUCACCUUCAGCCUUUUCUGGUUCGUCUAUCGUUACAACACACUCUACGUCACCAAAUUCCGUUUCGACACCGGCGGUCUUCUAUUCCCUCGAGCAAUCAAUCAAUUAUUCACCGGACUAUACGUGAUGGAGGUCUGCUUGAUUGGCUUGUUCUUCUUGGUUCGUGAUGAAAAAGAUAACGUUGCUUGCAAGGGGCAGGCUAUUUGCAUGAUUGUGAUCCUGGUCUUGACCGCUGGAUACCAAAUCCUCCUCAAUGACGCCUUCAGUCCGCUGAUUCGAUAUCUACCGAUCACCUUGGAGGAGGCUGCUAUCAAACGCGAUGAUGAGUUCCGCCGUGCUCAGCACGCUCGCCUCGGGCUUGCCAUUGAUGACGAUGAGGUAAAUGAUGUUGAACACGCCCUCGCAGAGGAGGAACGCCGAGAGCGCCAACAAGGACAAGAUGCUCGGGAUAUCGAGCUAAAACCCUUGGAGACCAGUGGCCUAGACCAGAAGCGACAGGAUUCUGGUAGUCUUUUUCCAACGCCCAAGCUUGAGCACAAACGUCCAUCGUGGGCAACCAAUGCAUCCAGACGACGAUCUAAGUAUUUCGGGCUCAACCCACCAAGCUCAACACCAACCAUCCGAGCUAUGCGAGAGAAGAUGGCUCUCGACACCGAAAAUCAGGGACCUGCCCCAAACACAGUUGGCCAAGCCCUCUUCGCUGGUAUCCAUGAUGAACUGGAGGAUCUCACGCCCGACGAGCGCGAUCAGCUGGUGCAGCGCGCCUUCCAACACGAAGCGCUUCGCGCCAAGCGGCCGGUCAUCUGGAUUCCACGCGAUGAUCUGGGUGUGAGUGAUGAUGAAGUUUACCGUACUCAGCGGUUCAGCAAACACGUCUGGGUCAGCAACGAAUACCAGGCGCUGGACGCCAAGUGUCGGACGAUAUUCAGUCGCAGUCCUCCAGAUUUCUCCGAGGUGGAUUUGAUUCAACUGUGA